ACUUGAAGUUUACGUCACAGUCAGUCACUGUGUCGGCCAACAUGGAAGGAAGUAAAGCUGCAGCUUCCACAACAACCGAGCUGUUAAAAGAAGAAUGUUAUGCUGACUUUUGUAAAGAAGAUUUUGAUGUCAAAAAUUAUACUGCCCAAGCUAUUCAUUGUGCAGUCAUUGCAGAGCACCUAGCAAAAUUAUCACAAGGAAUCAGCCAGUUGGAUAAGGAACUGCAUAUACAGGUGGUUGCAAGACAUGAAGACCUCCUUGCCCAAGCCACAGGGAUUGAAUCACUUGAAGGAGUGCUUCAGAUGAUGCAAACACGAAUAUCUGCUCUGCAAGGAGCUGUUGACAGAAUAAGGGCCAAGAUUGUUGAUCCUUACAAUAAAAUUGUUGCUCGGACUUCCCAGCUAGCAAGGCUACAGGUGGCUUGUGAUAUGCUGAGAAGAAUAAUCCGUAUAUUGUACCUCAGCAAGAGGCUUCAGGGACAAUUACAAGGAGGCAGCCGAGAAAUCACUAAAGCCGCACAGAGUCUUAAUGAACUUGAUUAUCUAUCCCAAGGAGUGGACUUAUCUGCAAUAGAAGUAAUUGAAAAUGAUCUUCUGUUCAUUGCACGAGCUCGAUUAGAGGUUGAAAACCAAGCCAAGCGCUUGCUAGAGCAAGGAAUGGAGACACAGAAUCCUACACAAGUUGGGACAGCACUGCAAGUUUUCUACAAUCUUGGAACACUAAAGGCCACUGUGAGCAAUGUGGUUGAUGGGUAUUGCUCUGUUUUGGAAGAAAAUGUGACUAAUGCUCUGGAUAUCAAACUUUUAACUCAACCCAUUCAAGGAAGCACAAGAGGGGGUCCUGGAAGAGCGGUUAUGCCAACUCCAGGAAACACUGCUGCAUUCAGGGCUGCACUGUGGACAAAUCUAGAGAAACUAAUGGACCAGAUAUGUGCAUCCUGUGGUCAAGUGCAGCAUUUGCAGAAAGUACUUAAUAAAAAGAGAGAUCCUGUUUCUCAUGUGUGUUUUGUUGAAGAGAUUGCUAAGGAUGGCCAUGCUGACAUCUUAUACACUUUCUGGAAUGCUAUAACUCACAUUUUAUCUGUUGAAUUUCAGAAGGCUGCAAAUGCGUCCUCAUUUUUGAAGCAAGCUCUAGAAGGAGAAUACCCCAAGCUUCUAAGAUUGUACAAUGAUCUGUGGAAGCGUGUCCAGCAGUACAGCCAAAGCAUUCAAGGCACAGUAAAUGCCAGUGGAAAUUCUGACUUACCACCUGAACUGCCUUCUGGUGAAAUGGAGACACCUGAUAUAUUUAUGCAAAAGAAACAAGACUAUGAUCCAGAAAAGGCAUUGAAAGGCUCUCUGCAACCUUAUGAAGCAGCCUACCUGUCGAAGUCUUUGUCCCGUCUGUUUGAUCCUAUCAACCUUGUUUUCCCUUCUGGUGGUCGUAAUCCUCCAUCUAGUGAUGAGAUUGAGAGCAUCAUUAAAACCAUAGCCAGUGAACUGAAUGUGGCCUCUGUGGACCCAAAUUUGAGUUAUGCUGUUGCAAAAAAUGUAGCAAAAACCAUCCAGCUGUUUUGCGUCAAAUCAGAGCAACUUCUGUCAACCCAGGGGGAUGCCAGCCAGGUGAUUGGACCACUUACAGAGGGACAGAGAAGGAAUGUGGCUGUUGUCAACUCUCUACACAGGCUCUAUCAGUCAGUGGGGAAGGUGGUAUUGUCUCUGAGUUCCUUUUCGCCAGCUGCUGAACAUGCAAUUACUGCUGCUUCAGAGAUGAUCCUUUCCCUUAUGAGUAAUGCAGUACAGCCACUACUAAAUUCUGUCAGUGAUUCUGUUGAAGCCAUUAUCAUCACCAUGCAUCAGGAGGACUUCUCAGGGUCACUGUCAAGUUCAAGUAGUCCAGAUGUACCCUGCUCACUAUACAUGAAGGAGCUUCAAGGAUUUAUUGCUAGAGUGAUGACUGACUAUUUCAGACAUUUUGAAUGUGCUGAUUUCAUAUAUGAUAACACAGAGGCUAUAGCCCAGAGAGCCAUUGAACUGUUUAUAAGAAAUGCCUGUCUUCUACGACCCCUUGGUGAAGGAGGAAAAAUGAGACUUGCUGCUGAUUUUGCUCAGAUGGAGCUGGCAGUGGCCCCUCUGUGCAGAAGAGUGUCUGAUCUGGGAAGACCUUAUAGACUGCUGCGAUCCUUCAGACCAAUGCUUUUCCAGACUAGUGAGCACAUAGCUGGGAGCCAGACAAUUGGGGAUAUUAUUCCAUACAGUACCAUCUUGCACUUCCUUUUCACUCGGGCUCCAAUGGAAUUGAAAUCUCCACAUCAGAGAGCAGAAUGGUCCAUUGCCCGCUACUCCCAAUGGCUUGAUGAUCAUCCUUCUGAGAAAGAUCGACUGCUUCUUAUAAGGGGGGCACUGGAGGCCUACGUUCAGUCCGUGCGUGCCAGAGAAGGGAAGGAGUUUGCGCCAGUCUACCCCAUAAUGAUUCAGAUCCUGCAGAAGGCCACCUCUGUCGUUCAUUGAGACCGAAGGAGUCGACAAGUGACGUCCGGCUGGACAUGAGGCGGCCGUCGUCCCGAGCAGUGACUUCUACCUUUCAUCUUCUAUUUCUAAAGUGAAUAUUUUUAAAGAAAUGAAUAAAGUGCAAAUCCUGA